AGACGCCGUUGUGCACUUCCGGAUUGCGAAUUUGAAAAAAUCCAAGUCCCUGCACCAAGAAGGACUGCAGCCUUACGUGUAUUCGUCCUUGGAGCAGCGAUGGUCUGCUUUUGCGUGUUUCGACGUAGAGUACUCACAGGCGAAGCGCGCGAAGACGGAG